CUUGAUCCGAUUUGGGUGCGAAAACCCCCCUCUUCCUCGCGUUCCUUUCGCUCCUUUCCCCCCUCCCUGUACGUCCGACUUUCACAAGGCAAUUUUGACGGCUUCGAAAUAAGUUUGACAAGUUAAAAUUGGUUCGUUUCUGAUCUAGUUAUAAGUUGAUACAUAAAUCAUGCCUUCAGACGCCAAAAAGAAACAACAACAAAAGAAAAAGGAUCAGGCUAAAGUACGUCAAGGAGCCACCAAAAAAGCAGGUGACUCCAAACCUGAGGAAAAUGGAGUUACCAAGCAAAAUGGUUCAAAUGGAACUGAAAAGGCACCACAGGAGAUGAGUGUUGAAGAGGUACUGUGUGCUAAACUGGAAGCUGACGCCCGUUUGAAUGCUGAGGCAAGAUCUUGCACUGGAGGCUUGGCUGUACAUCCUCGGAGUAGGGAUGUUAAGAUAGAUAAUUUUUCAAUCACUUUCCAUGGCUGUGAGCUUAUUCAUGAUACACUUUUGGAGUUGUCAUGUGGACGUCGCUAUGGACUUUUAGGUCUUAAUGGCAGUGGAAAAUCCACUCUACUUGCUGUCCUGGGAAAUCGAGAAGUUCCUAUUCCUGAGCAUAUAGAUAUUUUCCACCUUUCUCGGGAGAUGCCUGCUUCUGAUAAAACAGCUUUACAGUGUGUGAUGGAAGUAGAUGAAGAACGAGUACGUCUUGAGAAGAUGGCUGAACAACUUGUUGCUAAUGAGGAUGACGAGUCUCAAGAACAGCUGAUGGAUAUUUAUGAACGUCUCGAUGACAUGAGUGCUGACACAGCACAAGCUAGAGCAGCACACAUUCUUCAUGGUCUUGGUUUUACAAAUGAGAUGCAAAAUAAGAAGACAAAAGAUUUCUCUGGUGGAUGGCGCAUGCGUAUUGCAUUGGCCAGAGCUCUGUAUGUUAAGCCUCAUUUACUAUUGCUGGAUGAGCCAACCAAUCAUUUGGAUUUGGAUGCUUGUGUGUGGUUGGAGGAAGAACUAAAAACGUACAAGCGGAUUCUGGUUAUUAUCUCACACUCCCAAGAUUUUCUGAAUGGUAUAUGCACAAACAUUAUGCACCUAGAUAAAAGGAAACUGAAAUAUUACACUGGUAAUUAUGAGGCAUUUGUACGAACCCGCAUGGAGCUUUUGGAGAAUCAGAUGAAGCAGUAUAACUGGGAGCAAGAUCAGAUUGCCCAUAUGAAGAACUACAUUGCUCGUUUUGGUCAUGGUAGUGCUAAACUGGCUAGACAGGCUCAGAGUAAAGAGAAGACACUUGCUAAGAUGGUUGCUUCUGGCCUUACUGAGAAAGUAACUUCUGACAAAGUUCUCAACUUUUAUUUCCCAUCUUGUGGUACAAUUCCACCUCCAGUUAUCAUGGUUCAGAAUGUUAGCUUCAGGUAUACUGACACAUCAAAUUUCAUCUACAAGAACCUUGAAUUUGGGAUUGACUUGGAUACCCGGCUAGCUCUUGUUGGUCCAAAUGGUGCUGGAAAGAGUACAUUGUUGAAACUUCUGUAUGGAGAUCUGAUACCCACUGAAGGAAUGAUCCGCAAAAAUUCUCACUUGCGUAUUGCUCGUUACCAUCAGCAUUUACAUGAAUUAUUAGAUUUGGAUCUUUCUCCAUUGGAAUACAUGAUGAAAUCCUUCCCUGAAAUAAAAGAAAGGGAAGAGAUGCGAAAAAUUAUUGGUCGAUAUGGACUCACAGGACGUCAACAGAGAUGCCGUGUAGUGUUUGCAUACCUUGCAUGGCAAGCACCACACCUCCUAUUGCUUGAUGAACCCACUAACCAUUUGGACAUGGAAACCAUUGAUGCCUUAGCUGAUGCUAUUAAUGAUUUUGAAGGAGGAAUGGUGCUUGUCAGUCACGACUUCAGACUGAUCAGUCAGGUUGCGGAAGUGAUCUGGAUUUGUGAAAACGGUACUGUUACAAAGUGGGAGGGUGGUAUCCUCAAUUACAAGGAACAUUUAAAAUCAAAAAUUCUGAAGGAAAACGCACGUGCUGAAAAAGAAAAUAACUCACGAAAAAAAUGAUAACAUUUUCUCAGUUCCUAAUGAAAUAAAUCUGGAUUGCACUGAGCAAGAUUGCUCUUAAUGAUUUUAUUCUGAAUGAAGUUCGAAAGUGUGAAAUUUCUUUCAUAGUCCUCAGAAAACAACUCUGAUUUUACAAAAUAAAGCAGUGGGUCAUUAUGAUUCUUCAUUCAUGUUCACAGGAAAUUCAGUACUGAUUUUUGUUUGGGUUGUAGGUAAUUUUAUGAGGGCUCUCUGUUUUAGCACAAUUGUUUAGAUAUUGUCCAUUUGCUAUUUAAUAGGUUUUUAUCCACAUUCUCUAAGCCCAAACCAAUGUGAUUGUAAGUUACCACCUUCAACUGUAUACAUUCUAGAGGCUAGUUUCCGUGUGAAAAACAUCUAAGAAUUACCAGCUUUGAAGUUGAUCACCCUGUUAAAAACACAUUGAAGUAAUGACAAGUUUUUCACGAACAGCAUCCUGCAAAUCACUGUGGCUUGUGAUAAAGGCGCUACUAAUUAUGGUUUUAUUAUAAUUGGAAGUCAAAACAAUGCAGAGCUUGUAACCAAAAUGACUUUUGGGCUUGUUCAUAUAUUGUUUGGUCUGUGAUCAUAAAUAGUGCUAAGUCUUUUGUUAUAGGUGUCCCUUGAGACCAAACACCUGCUCAUUGUUAAGCAGGAAUUAGCAAUGUGGAGGGUUAUUCUGUAUAUGUGCUGAUCUUGCCAGAUCAAGAAGCAUGGGCAUGAGCUUUUUAUUGUUAUUAAAUGAAGGCUGAACUGUGGUGUUAAA